CUUGUGUGUUUGGUAUAGGCUCAGGUAUUUCUCACUCUGCUGAGGAGAGGAGGGAGCCUGUGAGAGCCUGGUGAAGGUGCAGUGGUGCAGCAGUGCUGCAUGGCCUUCUCAGCACAGGGCUGACCAGUGCUGUGUGUUUGCAAAGAGAAUGCUGUGAGGCAGAAACAAUCACCCAGAGCUUAUUGUGCUCUUACACAGCCCGAGACUGUGAGCCUUAGUUCAGGGUGAGACAGGCCUGUCCCAGUGGACCUUACCCACCUGACAGGAUCUACAGCAGGGAGGCCACUGGCCAUGGGAAGCUCCAGGAUGAAGGUGUGGGCUGUGUCUCUAAGCUCUGUGCUGCUCCUGUGUGUGCUCCACUCUGAGGCCCAGGAUGAAUACUCUGGGAACAACUCAGGUAAUGAGCAUACAUAUGAAGGCUCCUUAGUAGAGGGACAUGAUGAACAGUCUGGACUCCCGCGGCCUGUGGACUACUCUCCAGAGCCCACACACACCUAUGAGGAUGAGCAGACGGCAUCCGCGUACGACCCGUAUGGCCCUGUUCCCACAGAGGUCACCAUGAUCACAGAGGAGGCUUACCCAUACGGCACCACCACUGAGACGUACGACUACGCCAAGGAAGACAGACUGAGCACUGAGGUCCCUUACGGAAGAGAGGCCUCUCUGGGAGAGGAAGAGGGACCCACUGAGUGCGACUGUGAGCCGGGCGAGCCUGGGUUUGGUGGCUUUGCUGGUCCCAAGGGAUCCAGAGGACUGCAAGGAAAAGACGGAUUACCAGGGGCUCAAGGGAGAGAGGGUUACAAAGGAACCAAAGGUGUCCGAGGCCGGGGAGGAGACACAGGCCCUGUGGGUGAGCCAGGGGCUGAUGGAGAGGAGGGGGCAUCUGGAUUCUCUGGAAUAAUGGGCUGGCCUGGACUACCUGGAGACCCCGGUGUGAAAGGAGAGGCUGGGCUGAAGGGAGAAAUUGGUAUGGUGGGCCCACUUGGGGGAGUCGGACUUCCAGGACAAACGGGCUCAGAUGGUCCAAUUGGCCCUCCAGGAACUGCAGGAAGUAAAGGAAUUAAGGGAUCUACGGGAAAAACUGGAAAGCAGGGGUCUGAAGGACGACAAGGACAAAAGGGUCAAAUAGGAGCACCUGGCUUCUCUGGUGACGUUGGUGAACAGGGCUACAUUGGCUAUCCUGGAAUACCCGGAGGCAGGGGGGUGCCCGGGCUGAAGGGUGAAAAAGGUUUGAAUGGCUUGCCAGGAAGCGAUGGGGAGCCUGGGGAAGACGGUCCUCUUGGUGUUCCUGGAGUUGGUGGUUCACCGGGACCAUUUGGACUAAAGGGUUUAAAGGGGGACCGUGGAGAGCGGGGACGUCCUGGAAGAGAAGGCACUAGGGGCCCAUUAGGAGAAAGAGGAGAUUCAGGAAUUCCAGGAAAGCCAGGUCCAAAAGGCCUGCAAGGCUCGACAGGUUCCAAAGGGGAAACCGGGCCUGAUGGAUUUAAGGGUGAAACAGGAAGAAAGGGUGCAAAAGGGGUUAAAGGAGAGAAGGGAAGUUCAGGCUCUCGUGGUGACAAGGGGGAGCAUGGAGAAAAAGGCUACCUGGGGCCUGCUGGGCCUGUGGGCCGCAAGGGACCUCCCGGUAUUCCAGGUCCCAGAGGUGACCUCGGCCCACUUGGCGAUCAAGGCCUAAAAGGACUGAGUGGACCAAAGGGAGAGCCAGGUGAACCUGGACCUGGGCUGACUGAUGAGCAGGUUUUGCAGCUGUGUCGAGGUGUGGUCACUGCACAGAUCUCCCAGUAUGCAUCCUCUAUUCGGGCCAAGUGCUCACAGGGCUGUCCUAUCAACAACCGUACCUUGAUCGGACCCCCAGGAGUGCAAGGUCCACCUGGAUCUCCAGGCAAAACUGGUAAAGGUGGCAAAGCUGGAGCUAAAGGAGCUCGAGGACCACAGGGUGUGCGAGGUCUGCAGGGACAGAAAGGAGCAGAGGGACAAAGAGGUGCAAAAGGAGCUAAAGGCCAGCAGGGCAGUGCUGGCCAAGGACUGCGCGGCCCCGAUGGUCACCAAGGGCUCAGAGGAUUACCAGGCCAUCCAGCAGAGCCUAGAAACGGACUUGAGGGGCCUCUUGGCCCUCGCGGGUUCCCAGGUCCUAUUGGUCAGCCUGGUGUGGCUGGAGAUGCAGGUGUUCCAGGAGUAUGUGAGGCGCGGGACUGUAGCAUUCAUGCGCCUGUAGUAAGAAAAGAGCAGGGCCUGGUAAAGGGUCCUCACAGUUCUAUAAUCUGAGGAUAGAGCUCACGGCUAAUAUAAAAAAAAAAAACAUCACAGAUGGAGAAGAAACAUCUGAGCCAAACAUCACAGAGCCUAUUACUGAUGUUCUAAGCAUUCUGGCUAAAACAUAUGUAAGUAUGACUUACAUAAUAAAUAUUUCGAGGAUCAAAUCAAAUGUCUUCAGUCUCAUUAGAUAAAGGAUAAUGUCUAAAUUUGUUUUCAGUAUCAGAAAUGCUGGGUUUGCUGCAAAUAAAGGAAACAUGUAAAUAAUAUUGUAAAGCAUCUUAUGUACAUGUACUGUGUUCCUAAAUACCACUGUACAAGAUAAACAUGUGACUUUUUCAAA